CCCAUUUUGUAAACUCUAAAUUUGGCUGAGACCCCCCUGACACAGAGCUCUGACCCCACAGAGCUGCCAUGACCAUGUGGGGCACCAUCAUGUCCUCGAGCAGGACUGCGGAGCCGGCGCUGCAGAUCCUCCUCCAUGUGCUGAGCGCCUGGCCAGUGGACAGCGUGUACACCUCCGAUGGGGACAGCACAGGAGUCUUUGCCCUGGCUGCAACCAUGACACUGUGGAGGGUCUUCAAUCUGACCUGGUGCCCCCCUGUAGUGCUGGAGUAUUUCCCCAGUCUCUUUCUGCGUCUGCUCUUCCAAGCUUACAUCAGCACGCUGGAUAUUUCAGAAGAGGUUGAUACCUUCUGGAAGGCGCUCUGGCAACUCUUUGACAAUGACAACAGCCUUGUGCAGCUGCUCUCCGUUCGCCUCUUCCAAGAGCUGAUGAAGCUGGUGGUGGCCAAGGGAAAAAAGCCCCUGAAGAAGCGUGUGAGCAAGAGCCUGCUCCCACUCUUCUUCAACUGCCAUGAUGAGAACCAGCGUGUGGCACAGGCCUCUCGGGAAACGCUGCUUUCUGCAGUCAAGUUCCUGAAGAGAAGGGAUCUUCAGCACCUGGUGAAGACGGAUCAGAUGUGGAGCUUUGCCGAGUGCUUGCUGGCAGAGGACAGGAGCCGAGCGGCCGAGCACCUGCGCCUGGCGCUGCCCUACCUGCAGAGCCCGCAGGAGCCCCUGCGAGAGGCGGCCGUCAGGUUCAUCGGGCUCGCCGGGCGCUACCUGAGAGGGAAGCAGCAAGAGUUCUGGAUCAUCUGCAGGGCCCUUCAGGACAUGAUGGAUGACAUCAGCCCUGCCAUCUCAUGCCUGGCACUUCAAACUCUGUACAUCAAUUUAGCUGUACAGAGCAUUCCCUCCUCCCGCCCCCGGGAUAUGCACGAUCAACUCCGCCGGCUCUGGAGGUCAUGGCCUUUCCUGCGUCGCUGUGGCUGGCUGUCCUGCUGCAGCGCUGUGGAGAACUGAUCCGCGAGGCUGCGUCUGCUGGGGCCACCCGAGCCUGCGGGGAACAACUCCCCUCUGCAAGCGCUUCCUUUCACCCCGCUGUAGGAUUAAUAAAUGGCUGUUGUCAUA